AUGGCACCACCCACGGUCGAAGAGUUGCAGGAGCAGUUGGCGCAGCUGCAGGCCGCGUUUCAACAGGGUCGCGGGCCGGUUGGCAAUGUCGCGCACAUUGAUUCGUACCGAAUUCCUAAGAUCCCACCGUUUUUAAUUAAAGAUCCGGUCAUAUGGUUCAUCCAAGUAGAGGCGACGUUUGAGGCUGCGCGAAUCACGGAUCAAAAAACCAAGGCACAUCAUGUGGUCAUGACUUUGGAUGCGGAAGCCAUUGCAUGCUGUCGCGACCUCAUCGCAGAGCCCGAUGAGAACGAGCCUUACUCAAAACUUAAAGCGCGCAUAAUCGAGAAUUUCUCCGUUUCAGCGGAAAGCCAAUUACGACAACUUAUCAAGGGUCAAGUCCUAACGUCCGGUAAGCCGUCGCAGAUUCUCGGUAGGUUACGCAAUCUCAAUCCGGACAAGCGAUGCGACGACGCGGUUUUGAAAACAAUUUUCUUUGAAUAUUUAUCGCCAUAUGUCAGGGGAAUCCUCGCAACUACCGAGUGCGCGGACCUCGAUAGGUUGGCCAAAAUGGCCGAUAAGAUCACGGAAACCGCGGCAGACUCCGUGCAAUGCGCAGCCGCGUCGGUAAAAGCAGCUCAGCCGACCGAUCUCGAGAGCAAAAUCGAUAAACUUGCCGCCGAUUUAACAACCCUCGCAGCCGAGGUCAAGCGAUCGAGCAGGCCUCGUGUUAAAGGCGGACCCGAUAAAGACCGGAAACGUUCUGAGAGUAGGCGUCCCAGUGUAUGCUGGCCGCACCGAACGUUCGGGGACCAAGCGCGAGCUUGUAAUGGCACCGAUAAAUCCCCGUGCACAUGGCCAAAACCCAAAGCCAUCGCCGACGGGAAGGCGGGGGAAUAG